AUGGCGCGAUCGAGGCAUCUCCAGGCGAAAUACAAAGCUUGCUACCGCAAGCGGAAGAAGCAGGAGGCUUCAACAGAACUCGCAGAAGGAGAGCCGAGUCGGCUGUUGAGACGCGUUGAGCAGACAGUAGCAGAGCCGAGUGAUGGAGGUGGUUCGUUGAGUUCGCAACCGAGUGGAGUACAAGAUGAGCACUCGAAUGGAAUCCGAUCAGGUCUACCUCCACUUGAUCCCAUAAGUGAGAGACUCAUCUCACCAAGAAUACCUUUUAUGCAGAUUCGCCGUUUGCGUCAUGCUGCAGGUAGUCAUUCAAUUAUGGGACAAAUUAUUAAUGUACCAGUAGAUGUUUCUGAGAUGGUUCGCGUGCUUCCUAGAAACAUUGAUGAUGAUUAUUCAUUCAAUGUUAGCAUUAAGAAGCAUUCGAUUCACAAAUCAUCCUAUUUGAAUGGAUUCGUUAAAAAAGCUACUGUGAAAAAGUGGCUUUUGUACCUUGUUGAUACUCCAUUAUACCGUCGUUAUAAUAUAGUCAUCAAUCAAGAUCAACUAAACCAGUUUGACCACUCAUCGUCAACAUUACUUGAUCCUGACAACGAGCUGGAAUGUAUUGAUUCUGAGAGUGAUUUUGAGCUUUUAAUUGGACAACAACAAACGCUCCUUUGGAAUGAAGACCAGUGUUUGGAAAUUGCGCCCGCUCAGAAUAGAAUUCCUCUGUCAAUAAUAUAUGACGAAUUUGCGGAAGAACUCUCAUUUCCAGAUAUUUAUUUCGGGCAUCCACGCACUUAUAGAACUGAUGUUCAUGUUACACCAUUUAUGAUGGCUACAAGUGAGCUCAGGCGCCAGGAUAGGCGAGGUGCCAAACCGAAACACCUGUUGUAUAUGGCAGCAAAAAUAAUGCGACUUCGUGUUUCAGAAGGUUUGCACAGCACUUUUAAGUGUAUGGGAACUGCGAAUAUAACUCGCGAAAUGUUAAAGAACCGAGAGUUCUUGGAGACUUGCAUUGAGCGUAAUUUAUCGUUUCUCAAAUCUAUCCCAAAUUCAGUUCAAUAUUGGCAACAACGUAAGCAUGAUGUUUUCGCUAUGAUUAGACAACUUGGAAGACCAACAAUAUUCAUGACUUUGAGUGCCAAUGAAACUCGAUGGCCCGAAUUGUUAAAAAUUUUAUAUAGACUUUCUGAUGAACAUAUCGCUAAUUUAGCAAACCCAGUAGAUCAACUGACUGCUUUGCAGCGAGCUACACUCGUUAGUGAGGAUCCAGUCACUUGUUGCAUUUAUUUCAAUAAACUCGUGGAUACCUUGCUCAACAUAUUAUCUUCGUCAAGAUUUAGUCCCUUUGGUGAAUAUUAUGUGGUCGAUUAUUUCAAAAGAAUAGAGUUUCAGCAUCGUGGCAGUCCACAUGUACACAUUUUGCUGUGGUUAAACAAUGAUCCUAAAGAAACAAUUUCAGAGGACAUGCCCGCUACAAUUGAACUUAUUAAUAGACUUUGUUCCAUCAAUUCUAACAGUAAUCAGGUACAUAAGCAUACAUUUACCUGUUACAAACGGAACGAAAAGCGAUGUCGGUUUAAUAUCCCAUAUUGGCCCAUGGAUCAAACAAGAAUUAUUUUGCCAAUGCCAUCGAAUGACUCCCGUCGUAAUCGGUUGAUGAAAAAAGGUGAAGAAAUGCGCGAAAAUUUGAAUAUAAAAAUUUAUGCGACAUUAGAUGAAUACCUUUGCGAUUGUAAUUGUUCAUACGAUGACUACUUGGAUGUAAUUCGUGCCUCCACACCAAGACCUAUAAUUCUUUUGAAACGUUCCAUGGAAGAACUUUGGACCAACCCGUAUAAUAAAUGGGUUGCAAACAAAUUACUGUCAAACAUGGAUCUUCAAUUUAUUCUAGAUGAAUAUUCAUGUGCUGCGUAUGUUGUUGAAUAUGUUAAUAAAACGAACAGAGGUAUUAGUAACUUACAUCUCGAAUUAGUUAAGUUACAAAAAGAAUACCCUGAUCAAGAUUAUGCUUCAUUACUGAAAAAAGUUAGUAUUAAAAUGCUAAAUUCAGUAGAAAUGUGUGCCCAAGAAGCUGCUUGGUACUUACUACGUCAACCAAUGUCAGAAGCCAGCCGGAAAGUACAAUUUAUACCCACCAUGUGGCCACAUGAACGUAUAAAGUCUAGAAAGCAUACUAAACAAAUGGACGAGGAAGGAAUUGAUGAUGAUUCUACCGAUGUUUGGACGCUGAACAUAGUACAAAAAUAUGAAAAGCGUGCAGAUCUCGAUGACAUUUGUUUAGCUGACUUCGUAGCGUGUUACACGAAGGAUAACAGUAACACGAAUUCGUAUAAGAAGCGAAAUGCACCUCGCAUAGUGCGAUGGUUGAAAUAUAAAAUGUCUGAAUUAAACGAUUACAAGCGUGAAAUGGUUCUUCUGUUUCUACCAUUUCGAAAUGAAGCUUGUGAUAUUCUUGAUCGUAACAAGUUCAUAGAUUUGUAUGAUCAAAAUAAAACUAUCAUAUUCGACAAGUUAAAAGAAUAUGAUUGUGAUAUUAAGUUGGAACAGAUCGUCGAAGAAUAUCUUCGUGUUGCAGAAGAAAAUGAAAGUGAUGAUCAACAAAAAUCCAACGAUAAACACAAUGAGUACGUACGGGCCAUAACUAUGGAGCCCAACGAUGAUGAUAUAGAACAGUUGCCUACUGGUGCUCUGUCAGCUGUCAUCAAAAAACGUACCAAUGUCAUGAGCAAACAGGAUUAUUGUGCUAUGGUCAGGGCCACAAAUGUAGAUCAAAGAAAAUUGAUUUUACAUUUGAUUGAUAUUUUGCAUGCGUUCGACGGUAUGAACACGCCUUUGCAGAUAUUCUUCACUGGCCCCGCAGGAUGUGGUAAAACGUUUACUCUGAAAAUAUUGAUGGAGACUUAUAAUCGUUUUAGUCAAGCACACAAUUUACUUAAAAACGCAUAUGUCGCCUGUGCAUCAACAGGGAAAGCAGCGGUAGCUAUUGGAGGCACUACAGUUCAUUCUGCUUUUCGAAUUUCAAUGGCACGUAGAAGUAGUUCAAAACUUGGGUUCGAAGCACUUCAACUGUAUCGCAAUGCUUUUGCAGGCGUUAAAGCGAUUAUUAUCGACGAAGUAAGCAUGAUUGGCGCAGAUAUGCUUAAUAUUAUUCACACUCGGUUGCAAGACAUCACUGGGAACUAUGAUGAUCCUUUUGGCGGAAUUCAUAUAAUAUUCUGUGGUGAUCUUCGCCAACUGCCACCUGUGAACGCACGGCCAGUUUUCAAGCCAUGUAAAAACUCUAUUCUUGGACCUGUACUCUGGCAAUCACUUAAUUUCUUCCCAUUAGUUCAAGUUAUGCGACAAGCUGACAUUGAAUUUUCUUCCAUACUUACUAAAAUAGGUAAUGGUAUGCCACUUACUGAUUCUGAAAAUGAGCGUAUUGAAAGCCGCUUUCGAACAGCUGAGUGGUGUAAACAAAAUGUUCCGAAUGCUAUACGUCUCUUCCAUCGCAAUAUGGAUGUUGAAAGAUAUAAUACGGAAGCAUUGCGUGAACGAGAGGGCUAUGAUUUUAUUGUCAACGAUGUUUUCACAGGUUAUCGAAAUGCGGAACAACUAGCUAGUGCUAGAUUAAAGAUGCAUAAGAUGAGCGUAGUGGAAACAGGCGGUCUACCUUAUCUAUUACGGUUGACGCUUGGAAUGCCCUAUAUGAUCUCAACUAACAUUGAUGUCGAAGAUGGGCUAGUUAACGGGGCCAUAGGAGAGCUUAAAUUUAUCGAACAUGAUGAUGAUAAUCCCGAAGAGCGCAUUAUUCGAUUAUGGCUAAAAUUUGAGAGUAAUAUUAUCGGUGCCAGCUUAAAGGUAAAAUCUAGACCUUUAGUGUAUUCUAACCCAGGUCAACUGCAAUUUGAUUGGGUACCUAUAUUAAAACGAUCAGCCAAUAUUAAGCUUGGUAGCAUCAACUGUAAAAGAAUUCAAUUUCCGAUAGUUAGUGCAUGUGCACUCACGGUCCAUAAAUCGCAGGGAGGUACAUUUUCUGAAAUUGUACUUGACUACGAUAAAUCUUUGGAACAACAACUAGUAUAUGUUGGAUUGUCACGGGUGACAACAAUGGAUGGGCUUUACUUAACUAACCAAAAGAACUUCUUCAAAUUUUGGCACUCAAAGGGUAGUGAUUCGCCCAGAAUGACGGAACUGAGAACAGAGUUAAACUGA